AUGGCUGAAGGAAUGAUUUCUUCAGAAGACAAGGGAAGGGGAGAAAGUUUGAGAGAUGUGGCAGAACGGUAUUUAUUUGAGCUAGCAAAUAGGUGUAUGGUUCAAGUGGAAAUAGAUGAGCCGCCGCUGUAUAAUAGGUUUAAGUCAUGCCGGCUUCAUGAUAUGAUUAGAGAUCUAUGUUUGUCAAAAGGGAAAAGAAAAGGAUUUCUGGAGGUUAUGGAUAGAGAGAUGGGAGGAGGAGACUCUUCCAUUUGCAAAACAAAUAGAUUGGCUAUUCAUGCGGUGGGAGUGGAUAACGAUCUUAGUCAAAGGAUUGGGGAAAAUAAGAACAUAAGAUCUUUUGUAUUCAAAGGUUAUCAAUUUGAGAAUUGGAAAUUGCCCAAAGGAAUCGCAAAAUGGAAGCUGUUGAAGCUAUUGAGUCUCGAAAAUAGUAUUGUGAAAGAAUUGCCACCAUCUAUAUGCAAGCUACCUUGUUUGCAGACAUUGAAUGUGAAAAAUAUAAUGAGAUUACCUAAUUGCAUAUACAAAAUGAAGCGCUUGAGGCAUCUAUUUAUGAAAGAUGAUCAUGAGAGGGUUGGAGGCGAAAAAUUGAAAUUUGAAGGGUUGAAUGAAUUGGAGAUGGUUGAUGAUAUCUGGGUUGGUGAUGUGGUUGAUGAUAUCAGUCAUCUUCUUAAAUUGCCCAAGAUGGACAUGGAUGUCAAUACGAAUCGGGAAGAUGGCUCAACUCUUUUCAGGAGGUUGCUUGUGGGUACAAGGAUUGAGGAAGACUCAAUGGAAAUACUAGAGAAGCUUCCCAUGUUAAGUGUUCUUAGCUUGUGGAGCAAUCCAUAUGUGGGCAGAGAGAUGGUUGUUGAAUUUAAUGGGGUGGAGAUGGAGAAAGUAGCAAUGCUCAACCGCUCCAGUCUACUUAUUGCAGAAUGCAGUAAAUUGAAGAUGAUUCCAGAUGAAUCGGAAUUCAUUAAUACUAUCCAAGAACUGAGAAUUAUAUCGAUGCCAGAAGAGUUCGUGAAGAGG